CUAGGGAUGAUGGGAAUUAUAGUCCACCAACGAGAUUGACCGCUGGCUUUCCUUCUAUUGCGCCUAGCCCCGCCGCAGCUAAACAGCCCCGUGCACGUGGCUUCUGAAGUCUAGCGAGAUCCGGAAUUUGAGGGGAUGGUUUUCUUCUUGCCCCUCCCCUUCCGUGCGUCUUGGCAGCGUCGCUGUAGGCAGCCCGCAAGAUUUUGCUUGGAAUUCUUUAACCCCUUCUCCUCCCCCUGCAGUGCACACCUUAAUCGUGUCACACAACGCGGGAGGCGACUCAAGGGACGCGCUGCCAUUGGGGAGAAAGAGUAAGCAAUAGCCGGCAGUGGCAGUCCCUGAUAGCUAACUUGGACUACUACCCGGAAGACGUGCGGUGUAGCUCGUGGCUUUGCCCCCCAGUCACAUAUAAAAUGUUUUGUGCCAGCUAGCCUUCAUUCCAGGUCGCCCAUCCUAUGGUGACCUGGCGAUUGGUGUGAGACAAGACUGAGCCCACUUUUAAGGUCAUAAGAACCCCGUGAGAUAGCUUGGGCUGAAAGAUCCACCGAGUUUCGCUGAGCGGAUUUGGACACGGAGCCCAGAGUUCGUUUCUUUCAGCCUCCCUUCUCACCCUGCAGGGUGAGCAGGUAUCCUUGCCAUUUAUUUCUACAUAUGCUUUGGCGUUCUAUGGCUUCCAUGGAGCGCCUUGCUAUGGACAGCGUCCGCUGGGCAUUUUCCUACCGUGCUUGGGUCCCGUGUCGCGAGGAUUGGUUGCUGGCCAUGCGCCUUGUGCAGCCUGAAGAGAAGGAGCGCAUUGGACAGUUUGUCUUCGCCCGUGAUGCCAAGGCUGCUAUGGCGGGUCGUCUGCUGCUAAGGAAAUUAAUUGCAGAAAAACAGAAGAUCCCUUGGAACCUAAUUCAGUUACAAAGAACUGCAAAAGGCAAACCUGUCCUGGCUAAUAACUUAAACAGCACCCAUUCUAGUUUAAAUUUUAAUGUCUCUCAUCAAGGGAAUUAUGCAGUUCUUGCUGCUGAGCUGGACUAUCAAGUGGGCAUUGAUAUUAUGAAGACCAGCUUGCCAGGAAGUGGGUCAAUUCAAGACUUCUUUCGCAUCAUGAAGCGGCAGUUUACUGAUGAAGAGUGGAGAUUAAUCAUGUCCAUGAGUAAUGAAUGGCUUCAGUUGGAUAUGUUUCAUAGGCACUGGGCAUUAAAAGAGAGCUUCAUAAAAGCUAUUGGAGUUGGAAUCGGUUUUGACCUUCAAAGGAUUGAGUUUAAUGUAUCGCCGUUGCAGCUGGAAGUGGGGAAAACAUAUAAUAAGACAAUUAUGCUUUUGGAUGGCGAAGAAGAAAAAGAGUGGUCUUUUGAGGAAACCCGGUUAGAUGACUGCCAUCAUGUUGCAGUUGCUCUGGGAAAAUCAAGAGGAUUUGAAGAAAAGCAUCCUGAGGUUCUUUCAAGAGAUGUGACCCAGACUGCAUUUACAGUACUGACUUUUGAUGAUUUGGUUGCCUCUGCUGUUCCUUUGGCACCUGAAGAUCCUGCCUGCUGGGAUAACUUUUGUUCUAGGCAGGAAUCACCAGCACGACAGAGUUCUAAUUCCAGAUAAGAGAAGACUGUGUUUACAAGAAUGUGAAAGCACUCAAAGGCCACAUACUGUUCCUCUUCCAGCAGUUAAUUUGUGUAUGCGCCAACGGGGGUGUAUGUUUGAGAAAAGUAGUUAAAUUCCUCAUUUUGACUCUUCACUAUGGAGCGACCAUCUUUUUAAAAUCACAGUUCCCGGAGGCUGAACCCUGAAGAGAAAAAGACUAAGCUCUAGCCCUUGUAGAAGUGGAGUUAUGGAGCAAAAUGUGUGGUCACUAUUUU